AUGAUUCUGGAAGGAGGCGGUGUGAUGAAUCCCAACCACGGCAGCAAUCUCCUGCAGCAGCAGCCGGCCUGGACCGACGGCUAUGCCGCGUGCAAUGUGCCUGGUGGGUUUUUCGGCAGCCAGUGGCAUGAGACCCACCCCCAGUAUUGGAGCAAGUACCAGGUGUGGGAGUGGCUGCAGCACCUGCUGGACACCAACCAGCUGGACGCCAGCUGCAUCCCCUUCCAGGAGUUCGAUGUGGACGGCGAGCACCUGUGUGGCAUGAGCCUGCAGGAGUUUUCCCGUGCGGCGGGUGCGGCCGGCCCACUGCUCUACGGCAGCCUGCAGAACCUCAGGUGGAGCGGCCAGUGCGGCAGCGACCUGUUCCCGGCCACACACAACGUCAUUGUCAAGACUGAACAAACCGACCCUCCCGUCAUGAACACCUGGAAGGACGAGAGCUACUUAUAUGACAGCAGCUAUGGGGGCACAGUAGAUCUGCUGGACAGUAAAACCUUCUGCCGGGCCCAGCUCUCCAUGACUACCACCAGUCACCUUCCUGUGGAGUCUCCUGAGGUGAAGAAGGAGCAAGACCCCCCUGCCAAGUGCCACCCCAAGAAGCACAACCCGAGGGGGACUCACUUGUGGGAGUUCAUCCGAGACAUCCUCCUGAACCCAGACAAGAACCCCGGGCUGAUCAAAUGGGAAGACCGGGCCGAGGGCGUCUUCCGGUUCCUGAAGUCGGAGGCCGUGGCGCAGCUUUGGGGCCGGAAGAAGAACAACAGCAGCAUGACCUACGAGAAGCUGAGCCGGGCCAUGCGGUACUACUACAAAAGGGACAUCCUGGAGCGCGUGGACGGGCGGAGGCUGGUCUACAAGUUCGGGAAGAAUGCCCGGGGAUGGAGGGAAGACGAGAACUGA